AUGGCAUCUACUGUACAAGAAACAACAACUGCGAUUGAUGAAGACAAAACGACAGCUGCACCAACUCAAAAGGUAAAUACAGAUGAGCCUACCGAAGAAGAAACAACAGAUGCACCAACUCAGAGAGUAACAACAGCCCAACCUACGGCUGUACCAACCACGGAAAAAACAACAACUGUGCCCCUUGAAGAAAAAACAACAGCUGCACCAAUUGAGGAAGAAAAAACAGCUGCACCAAGCGAAGAAGAAACAACCGAUGCACUAACAGGGGAAAAAAUAAGCGCAGCACCAACAGAGGAAAAAAUAACCGCUGCACCAAAAGAAGAAACAACAACUGUAUCAACUAAGGAGGUGACAACUGCUGCACCAACUGAGGAGGAAAUAACCGCCGCACCAACUGAGGAAAAAGCCACACCCACACCUACUGAAGAAACAUCAAUAGCCGCAUCAACAAAGAAAGAAAAAACAACCGCACCAACUGAGAAAGAAACAACGGCUGUACCGACAGAGGAAGAAACAACGACUGCACCAACCAUGGAAGGAACAGCAACUUUACCAACUGAGGAACAUACAACGGCUGCACCAACUGAGAGGGAAACAACAGCUACAACAACUGAGGGAGCAACAAAGCCUGCACCAAUUAAAGAAGAAACAAACGCUGCAUCAACGGAGGAAGAAGCAACCCCGGCACCCAUUAGCGAAGCAACAAAAGCUGCUCCCAAUAAGGAAGAAACGACAGCUACACCUACUGAAGAGGCAAUAACAGCUGCACCAUCAAAGGAAGUAAGGACAUUUCUACCUACUGAAGAAGUAACAACACUAGCACCAAUUGAGGAAAAAACAACAGCAAUACCGAUUGAGGAAAAAACAACUGCAGCACCAGCUGAGGAAAAAGCAACGGCUGCGGCUACUGAAGAAGUGGCAACAUUUCUACCUACUGAGGAAGUUACAUCUCCACCUAGUGAAAAAGUGACAACAGCCACUUUAACCGAGGAAGAAACAACAGCUGCACCAACUGAGGACGAUACAACAGCUACACCAAAAGAGAUAAAGACAACCGCUGCCCCAUCUGAUAAAAAAACAGCUGCAUCGACAGAAGAGAAGACAACAGCUGCACCAACUGAGGAAGCAGUUACAGCUGCACCAACAGAGGAAGCAACAACAGCUGCACCAACAGAGGAGGAAACAACAGCUGCACCAACUGAGGAAGAAACAACGGCUGCCCUCUCUGAGGAAGCAAAAACAGAUGCACCAACUGAGGAAGAAACAACAGCUACCUCAAAGGCAAAAAAACCAAGCGCAGCACCCACUGAGGAAGCAACAACUGCUGCACCAACAAAGGAGGAAACAACGCUCGCAGCAACUGAGAAAGAAACAACCGCUUCCCCAUCUGAGAAAAAAACAACUGCUGCACCAAUUGAGGAAGAAACAAAACCUACCCCAAAAGAGAAAAAAACAAGCGCUGCACCAACUGAGGAAGAAACAACGGCUGCCCCAACUGAAGAAAUAACGACAGCUACACCAAAUGGGGACGAAGUAACAGCUGCCCCUACUGAGGAAGAACCAACAUCUCAACCUACUGAAGAAGCAACAACAGCUACCCCUAAGGAGGAAAAAACAAGCGCUGCACCAACUGAGGAAAAAACAACGGCUACAUCAACUGAGGAAAAAACUACGGCUGCUACUACUGAGGACGUGACCACAUCUUCACCUACCGAGAAGGUAACAUUUCCUCUAAGUGAAGAAGUGACAAUAGCUACUUUAACUGUGAAAGAAACAACAGCUGCACCAAAAGGGGUAGAGACAACAACUGCCCCAUCUGAAAAAGCAAUAACAGCUGCACCAGCAGAGGAACAAACAACAGCUGCACCAAUAGAGAAGGAAACAAUGACUGUACCAACUGAGGAAGAAACAACCGCUGCCCCAUCUGAAAAAGCAACAGCUGCACCAACAGAGGAGGAAUCAACUGCUACAACAACUGAAGAAGCAUCAACGGCUGCACCAACAGAGGAGGAAACAACAUCUACUCCAACUGAGGAAGAAACAACCGCUGCUCCAUCUAAGGAGCCAACAACAGCUGCACUAAUAGAAGAAGAAACAACAGCUGCACAAAAAGAGGAAAAAUCAAGCACUGCACCAACCGAGGGAGCAACAACAGCUGCACCAACAGAGGUAGAAACAACGUCUGCACCAACUGAGGAAGAAACAACUGCUGCCCCAUCUGGGAAGGCAACAGCUGCACCAACAGAGGAGAAAAUAACGUCUGCACCAACUGAGGAAGAAACAACUGCUGCCCCAUCUGGGAAGGCAACAGCUGCACCAACAGAGGAGGAAACAACGGCUACACCAACUGAGGAAGCAUCAACAGCUGUACCAACAGAGGAGGAAACAACGGCUGCACCAACUGAGGAAGGAACAACUGCUGCCCCAUCUGGGAAGGCAACAGCUGCACCAACAGAGGAGAAAACAACGGCUGCACCAACUGAGGAAGAAACAACUGCUGCCCCAUCUGGGAAAGUAACAGCUGAACCAACAGAGGAGGAAACAACGGCUGCACCAACUGAGGAAGCAUCAACAGCUGCAACAACAGAGGAGGAAACAACGGCCGCACCAAAUGAGGAAGAAACAACUGCUGCCCCAUCUGGGAAGGCAACAGCUGCACCAACAGAGGAGGAAACAACGGCUGCACCAACUGAGGAAGCAUCAACAGCUGCACCAACAGAGGAGGAAACAACAGCUGCACAAAAAGAGGAAAAAACAACUGCUGCCCCAUCUGGGAAGGCAACAGCUGCACCAACAGAGGAGAAAACAACGGCUGCACCAACUGAGGAAGAAACAACUGCUGCCCCAUCUGUGAAAGUAACAGCUGCACCAACAGAGGAGAAAACAACGGCUGCACCAACUGAGGAAGCAUCAACAGCUGCACCAACAGAGGAGGAUACAACGGCUGCACCAACUGAGGAAGAAACAACUGCUGUCCCAUCUGGGAAAGUAACAGCUGCACCAACGGAGGAGGAAACAACGGCUGCACCAACUGCGAAAGCAUCAACAGCUGCACCAACAGAGGAAGAAACAACAGCUGCACCAACUGAGGAAGAAACAACUGCUGCCCCAUCUGGGAAAGCAACAGCUGCACCAAUAGAGGAAGAAACAACGGCCGCACAAAAAGAGGAAAAAUCAAGCACUGCACCAACUGAGGAAGCAUCAACAGCUGCACCAACAGAGGAGGAACCAACGGCUGCACUAACUGAGGAAGCAUCAACAGCUGCACCAACAGAGGAGGAUACAACGGCUGUACCAACUGAGGAAGAAACAAUUGCUGCCCCAUCUGGGAAAGUAACAGCUGCACCAACGGAGGAGGAAACAACGGCUGCACCAUCUGCGAAAGCAUCAACAGCUGCACCAACAGAGGAAGAAACAACAGCUGCACCAACUGAGGAAGAAACAACUGCUGCCCUAUCUGGGAAAGCAACAGCUGCACCAAUAGAGGAAGAAACAACGGCUGCAUCAACUGAGGAAGCAUCAACAGCUGCACCAACAGAGGAGGAAACAACAGCUGAACCAACUGAGGAAGCAUCAACAGCUGCACCAACAGAGGAGGAAACAACGGCUGCACCAACUGAGGAAAAAACAACUGCCGCCCCAUCUGAGAAAGCAACAGCUGCACCAACAGAGGAGGAAACAACAACUGCACCAACUGCGAAAGCAUCAACAGCUUCACCAAGAGAGGAAGAAACAACAGCUGCACCAACCGAGGAAGAAACAACUGCUGCUUCAUUUAAGACCCCAUCAACAGCUGUACCAACGGAGGAAGAAACGACAGCUGGCCAAAAAGAGAAAAAAACAAGCAUUGCACCAACUGAGGAAGCAACAACAGCUGCACCAAUAGAGGAGGAAACAACAGCUGCACCAACUGAGGAAGAAACAACCCCUGCUCUAUCUGAGGAGCCAACAACAGCUGCAGCAAAUGAGGAGGAAACGACAGCUGCCCAAAAAGAGAAAAAAACAAGCGCUGCACCAACUGAGGAAGCAACAACAGCUGCACCAAGAAAGGAAGAAACAACGGCUGCACCAACUGAGGAAGCAUCAACACCUGCACCAACAGAGGAGGAAAGAACGGCUGCAUCGACGGAAGAAGAAACAACUGCUGCCCCAUCUGAGAAACCAACAGCUGCUGCAACAGAGGAAGAAACAACCGCUGCCCCACCUGAGGAAGCAACAACAGCUGCACCAACUGAGGAAGAAACAACAGCUCCCUCAACUGAAGGAAAAACAACAGCUGCACCAACUGAGGACAAAACAACGUCUGCACAAAAAGGGAAAGAAACAAGUGCUGCACCGGCUCUGAAAGAAACAACAGCUGCCUCAACUGAGGAAGAAACAACACCUGAAGCAACUGAGGAAGCAACAAAAGCUGUACCAACUGAGGAAGUAACCACAGCUACACCAUUUGAGGAAGCAUCCACAUUUUCACCAACUGAACGGGUAACAACAUCAUCUAUUGAUGAAGAACAAACAACAGCUGCUCCUACUGACAAAGAGACUACAGCUGACGACAUAACAACAGCUGUAUUUAAAACUACUGAAAAAGCAACAACGGCUGCAUUUACUGAAGAACAAACAACAACUACAUCUACCGUAAAGCAAACAACUCCUGCACCAAGUAAGGAGAUCAAAAAGACUACAGCAAGCAAAGAACAAACAAUUGCUGCCUCAACAAGGAAAGCAACGACAGCUCCACCUACAGAUAAAGUAGCAACUGAUGAUGAAGCAAUAACAAUUAGAACUACUAGCAAGGCAACACGUAUUGCAUCAACAUCAGCUAUCCAAACUACAGGAGCAACAUUGGCCGUUAUAACUGUUCCUCCUCCCGAUGUAUCAGGCCAGGAACUGGCUUCGACAGCCAAGCCAAGUACUUUAGUGCAAGAAACCACAGAGGUAACGAAAAAAGCAGCUGCAACCACUCAGAAAGUAAUAACAGCUGCACCUAUUGAUGAAACAACCUCAGUCAAAGCUACUGGAGGUGCAAUAACAGAAACACCUACUAAGGGAGUAACUACAGUUGCACCAACCGAGGAAGUAAUAACAGCAGGACCUCCUGAGAGAGUAACAACAGUUGCAUCUAUUGAGGAGAAAACAACAGUAGCAUCUACCAAGGAAAGAACAACAGUUGUAACUACUGGGGAGAUAACAACGGCUGCACCUACUGAGAAAGUAUCAACAAGAGCACCAACUCAGGGAAUGACAAGUGCUGUGGCAACUGAGGAAAUAACAGCUGAACCUGUGAUGGAGACAAGCACACCUUCCCCUACUGAGGAAGCAAAAACGCCUCCGGCAACUGAGGAAGCAACAACGGGUGAACUUAUCAAGGAAAUAACGACAGUUGGACCUACUGAGAAAGAAACAACGGCUACAACAACUGAGGAAGCAACAACAGCUGCACCUACCAAGGAAGGAAAAACAACUGUGCCAGCUGAGGGAACAACAACAAUAGGUGUAACUGAGAAGGUAACAACGGCUGAACGUGUUGCGGAGACAACUGAAGCUGUACCAACUGAGAAACAAACAACGACUGCACCAACCAUGGCAGAAACAACAGCUGCACCAACCGAAGAAAUACCAACGGCUGCAUCAACCGAGGAAAAAACAACAGCUGCACCAACCGAGGAAGAAACAACACCUGCACCAACUGAAGAACUAACAACACCCGCACCUUCUCAAAAAGUAACAACGGCCGUAUCAACUGAGGAAAUAACAAAAACCGCAACAACUGAGAAACUAACAACAGCUGCUCCAACUGAAAAACAAACAACAUUAGAACCAACUGAAGACCAAACGACGGCUUCACCAACUGAAAAAGAAACAACGACGGCACUAACACAAGAAAUGACAACAGCUGCACCAAGUGAGGAGGAAACAACAGCCGCACCAACUGAAGACCAAACAACAGCUUCACCAACUGAAAAAGAAACAACGGCGGAACCAACUGAAGAAGGUACAACGGCGGUACCGACUGGGGAGGAAACAACAGUUGCACCAACUGAGGAACAAACAACGCUAGCACCAACUGAAGAAGGUACAACGGCGGGACCAACAAAAGAAGGUACAACGGCUACACCAACUAAGGAGGAAAUAAAAGCUGUACCAACUAAAGAACAAACAACAGCUUCACCAUCUGCAAAAGAAACAACAGCAGCACCAACUGAGGAACAAACAACACUUGCACCAACAGAAAAAGAAACAACAACAACACCAACUAGGGAACAAACAACAGCUGUACCAACUGAGGGAGAAACAACAGUUGCACCGACUGAAAGGCAAACAACGACGGCAGCAACUGAAGAUAUAACAACAGUUGCCCCAACUGAGAAACAAACAACAGCUACACCAACUGAAGACCAAACAACAGUCUCACCAACUGAAAAAGAAACAACAGUGGCACUAACUGAAAAAGAAACGGUGGAACCAACUGAAGAAAUGACAUCAGUUGCACCAACUGAGGAAGAAACAACAGUUGCGCCAACUGAAAAACAAACAACGGCGACACCAACUAAAGAAAUAACAACAGUCGCACCAACUGAGGAAGAAACAACAGCUUCAACAACUGAAAAAGAAACAACGGCGGAACCAACUGAAGAAAUUACAACAGUUGCACCAAGUGAGGAACAAACAACGCCUGCACCAACUGAAGAAGGAACAACGGCGGCAUCAACUGAGGAAGAAACAACAGCUGCACCAACUGAAGACCAAACUACUGCUUCACCAACUGAAAGAGAAACAACGGCGGCACCAACUAAGGAACAAACAACACUUGCACCAACUGACGAAAAAAACAACUGCAGCACCAACUAAGGAAGAAACAACAGUUGCACCGACUGAAAAACAAACAACGGCGGCAACAAUUGAGGAAGUAACAACAGCUGCAACAACUGAAGACCAAACAACAGCUUCACCAACUGAUAAAGAAUCAACAGCGGCACCAACUGAGGAAGAAACAACAGUCUCACCAACUGAAAAACAAACAACAAAGGCAGAAACAGAAGAAAAAACAACCGUUGCAACCAACUGAGGAAGAAACAACAGCUGUGCCAACCGAGGACCAAACAACAGCUUUACCAACUGAGCAAACGACAGCUGCACCAAAUAAGGAAGAUACAUCGGCUGCACCAACAGAGGAGGAAACCACGGCUGCACCAACUGAGAAGGAAACACCAAUUGCACCAACUGAGAAGCAAACGACAGCUGCACCAGCUGAGGAAGAUACAACGGCCGCACCAAUUGAGGAGGAAACAACAGUUUCACCGACUGAAAAACAAACAACGGCGGCAGCAAUUGAGGAAGUAACAACAGCUGCAACAACUGAAGACCAAACAACAGCUUCACCAACUGAUAAAGAAUCAACAGCGGCACCAACUGAGGAAGAAACAACAGUCUCACCAACUGAAAACAAACAACAAAGUCAGAAACAGAAGAAAAAAACAACCGUUGCUCCAACUGAGGAAGAAACAACAGCUGCACCAACCGAGGACCAAACAACAGCUUUUACCAACUGAGCAAACGACAGCUGCACCAACUAAGGAAGAUACAUCAGCUGCACCAACAGAGGAGGAAACCACGGCUGCACCAACUGAGAAGGAAACACCAAUUGCACCAACUGAGGAGCAAACGACAGCUGCACCAACUGAGGAAGAUACAACGGCCGCACCAAUUGAGGAGGAAACAACAGUUGCACCAAGUGAAGUACAAACAACAGCUGCACCAACAGAGGAGGAAACAACGGCUGCACCAACUGAAGACCAAACAACAGCUUUACCGGCUGAAAAAGAAACAACGACGGCACCAACUAAGGAAGAAACAACAGCUGCACCGACUAAGGAAGAAACCACGGCUGCAGCAACUGAGGAAGAAACGACAGCUGCACCAACAGAAGAGGAAACAACGGCUGCACCAACUGAAGACCAAACAACAGCUUCACCGGCUGAAAAAGAAACAACAACGGCACCAACUAAAGAGGAAACAACAGCUUCACCGACUGAGGAAGAUACAACGGCUGCACCAACUGAGGAGGAAACAACAGUUGCACCAAGUGAGGAACAAACAACAGCUGCACCAACAGAGGAGGAAACAACGGCUGCACCAACUGAAGACCAAACAACAGCUUCACCGACUGAAAAAGAAACAACGACGGCACCAACUAAGGAGGAAACAACAGCUGCACCGACUAAGGAAGAAACCACGGCUGCAGCAACUGAGGAAGAAACGACGGCUGCACCAACUGAGGAACAAACAACACCUGUAGUAACAGAGGAGGAAACAACGGCUGCACCAACUGAAGACCAAACAACAGCCUCACCAACUAAAAACGAAACAACGACGGCACCAACUAAGGAGGAAACAACAGCUGCACCAACUAAGGAACAAACCACGGCUGCAGCAACUGAGGAAGAAACGACAGCUACACCAACUGCGGAAGAAACAACGGCUGCACCAACUAAGGAAGAAACAACAGCUACACCAACUGAGGAAAAACAACAGCUUCACCAACCACUGUCAGUACCACAAAAGUGUUACUUCGCCAAAGCCAACUGUGGAUAUCACAGACAGUCAUGGAGCUGAGAAUGGAAAUGGUAUUGAGAAUGGUAAUGGCACAGCUGUAAUCGGCAGAGGUGAACAGGGUGGUAAGUAUUAUAUUUGUGUAUAAUUAGAUUAGCAAGGGUAAGACUUGAUAAUCUCUUAGAGGGGUUAAGAAAGGUAUGAUAUACCUCAAUGUUAUAAGCAAUGGUGGCCAAAGGUCAUGUCCUAUCAUAUCAUGCUUAAAUCUCCACGCAAAAACUUCUAAAGAAUGAAAACCUACUUCGUAAUCCCCAAAUGUAUUUAUCAUUUUUGAAGGCAACAAAACAGAUAACGGAACAGAGCAAUGUAAGGGGAUUAUGUGCGAGGAUGGAAAGAUGUGCCGCAUUGUCGAAAAUAAAUCACCCGAAUGUUACUGUCCAACUGAAUGCAAUGACGAUCCCGAUCCCCACUGCUCUGUGUUUCUGGAAGAUUAUCACAACCUGUGCGAGGUUCAUCGCCACGCCUGUAGGAUGCAGAUCAACGUUGCUGUGAGGCACCGUGGACGAUGUGAAGGUAUUCGAUUAAUCCAACAUUAAUAGUAUAAUUCUACUUUCCGAUUGAGUAAUUUUGACUGAAUUCGUUCUGUGAUUGGUCAAGAAAGCAGGUGCUAACGGUUAACCGAUAUUCACAUGGUGGUUCACUUUUUCUCGCACUUCACGCACUUUUUUGUUUAAAGGAGAUAAUCAUUAGCUUCGUGUUUUAUUUCUUCUUUAGUAUGGUUGUUAUCAUGUCAAUUUUAAUUUUGGCGAUCCAACUCUCAAUCGAGAUUUGCACAAAAAUACAAGCAGCGUUUAUCCUAUUUUCUGUACCGGACGUGAAGCACACGGCUCGGGACAAAUUAAGGAAUCAACAACCGCUGAACCAAAAUAGAGAAGUCUCGUUGACCUUACUGUUAGGCGCAAUGCAGUUAACAUUAUUUGUCACUCUUUGCAUAGACUUUGACUAGACGUACCAAUCAAAAUGACCCUCGGUAUAUAGGAUUGGAAAAGCCUUCCAAAGAGGAAUACGUUUUACCUGUAAUCAACUACAGUUGUACAAACCUGGUACAUAUUUUAUUUUUACCAUUUUUAGCGUAUGCAAAGGGUCAGCAGAUCUCAAAACUGGUCGACGAGUCCUUCGUUCCAAUCAAUGAAUGUACCGAGGAAGAACUUCUACAGUUUGCAGAACGCUUCCUAGAAUGGGCAAUGAUAAAUAAAGAAAUUUAUGACAGUGAUGAUCCAGCAUCCCUUGAUCUUGAAGGUCUUGUCAACCAGGCAAGGCUGCUUGGAUUUACAUCGUUAGAGAAAACAGAAAUAUUGACGGUAAGAAUAGAAUCGAGUUCAGAUGAAUGUAAAUUGUUCGCGCUCUAUGUAUUUUGACCAUUGUGUUACGCAUUGGCGGGUUAGGCUUUAGACUCAGUUGAAACCUACCCUGUAUAUGCCUUUGGUAGUCUCAGUGUUGAAGUAAUUUAUGUCAUUUAUGCAACGCUUUAAUUUUUUCUGAACCAUUCUUCGAUUAUCAGAAUGUUAAUCAUGUGUGCACCUCCCCUAGUUCCAAUUUGAAGACAUCGAUUCAAACGGAGAUGGCUUUCUAGAUAAAGGUGAAGUUGAUGCUAUGAUGGCGCAUAUUCCUCACGAAGAAUGCCUGUUUGGGUUUAUGAUUUCGUCUGACUUGGACGGGGAUCACAAGCUUAACAAAAAGGAAUGGUUUGACUCCUUCAAGUAUGUUGGUAAGUAUUUUUGUAAAUCAAGGAUCACACAGCUAAACCCGUAACCUCUUUAGUGGACAGUCCCCCUAAAACUUAACUAGACAACUAGUCAGUUGCACGCAAAUUAACAACUGAUUCAUACGUCAGUGUGCGUAUAUCAUUGCGUGAAGUUUGUACCAAGUUUGGAGAUGACAAAAAGCGCAUAACACACAGCUGAUGUUGAACGACUUUUUAUAAGGUUAGGGUAAUAUUGUUAAAGAAUAAAUUCGUUGCGUUCGCUCAAAAUUUAGCGAGUACAACGAGAGUAUAAAGUACGCUCGCGCAUUUGAUUCUGGGCUCACAAAUUUUUCAACUCUGUUAUAGAGAGGUAGUUUGGGGGGACAACGCACUUGACCAAUUCAAAACUGUACGGUUCAUAAGACUCAAAUUUUUUUUUAAAUUUAAAGAACCGUUUUUCUUUUUUUCAGAAAAUGCAGUAGAAGAAGACGAAGAAAUAGACAGCUAACUUAUUAUAAUUAAUAACAAUAAUAAUAAUAACUAAUUGAUAACACAACCAACUAUCGCUCAGCGCUUUACAAUGCUUUAGUUCGUUGCAACAUGAACGUUACCACGGCAGGCGAGGAAAAGUUCGAAAUGUUAGCGAGUAAUGACGAAAGUCACGUCUGUAUAUUUCUCUCGAUGAAAGUGUUUAGAGUAACAGAUUUGGUUAAAAUGGAGCUUUCUAUAAGUGUUCAGCUCGGUGAAAUGUCAAAGCAACUCUUCCUCUGCCGUUAUGUUUGGAUUGUGAGUAGAUAUCUAAAGUUCAAAACGAUAACUGUUUCAUUCAAUUUCUAAUAUCCCUAAGUUACGUUAUAUUUUUAAACUAAGCACAGUAACUAUGACUUCAUAGUACUUCAUAAUAUAAAUAGAAUUUGCGAUGCUUUUUCUAAUGGCUUUUUAGGAUUAUGCUGUAAUCAUUUUGGACUGAUGAGUCAGGAUACAAGCAUAUGUCAAAUAAUUCCAAUGGCCAGUGAAUCUAUUUUAAAUUUCUAGUUGAUGUUUUGUCUCUCAUCUCUCAAUCAGGAAGUGCUGGCCUGACAUGCAACGCUACUCCCCUUCCCUCCCUCCCCCCCCCCCUCCCUCCCUCAGCCUUCAAAACACUGUCAGGCCAGUUGGUUCUCUUUGAGAGCUUUUGUGUAUUAAAAAUGAAGCUGUGAUUAUUUUAUGGUGCAGAAGCCUUAGAAAUGAGGUGUGCUCAUAUCUUCACAGUAUCUGUACCUUAAGGAAGAAGCACCAAGCUCUUAGUUGGUUGCCACAAAGAAAUAUGCAAAAAAAGUUCUUGAGAUUACAUACUUUAAAUUACAAGGAUAGAUUUGAGAAUGAUUCCAUUUCAGUGAAUUCAAAUCUUCUGGACAAAUAUUAAUUGUUAAGUAGGAGCUGUCGCAAUUUAAGGAAGCAUGUGAGAUAUAAUAUUUAUAUCUCAUGUGCAUGAUAUUAUUUUUUCUCUUUUGUGAAAGAGGUCUAGUGAUGACAGUCUCAUAAUACACAUUCUGCUGUUUUGGCAGUAUGCCUGGACCUCAAAAUCCAGGAUAUUAAAAUGUUGUUACUGGAUGUGGAUUUUGAAUAGCCAUUGUUUAUUUCAUACAGUUUUAAAAAUGAGUAUACAUCAGAUAAUGUUACUGAAUAGGGAAUACUACCCUCAAACACAAUAGACCUGAUUCAAUAUUUCCUCUCCUAGUAAUGUAGCAAAGAAAAUUUGGUGUUUUCCUAGAUAGAUAAAACCCUCUAGCUGAUGUGCUUGUUUUAUUGCAAAUCAGUUUGUGGGAUAAAAGAUAUUUUUAUAAGGAGAAGUAAGAUUUGUCAAUCAAGUAUGGGACUUGAAGAGGUGGGGAGCUUUAAGGCCAUGGAGUUAAAGCCCUUGUGUCCCCCCUGAACAAUUUAUAGGGAUUUCAAAGCUGAAUCAGGAGGAUAGUAGGUGGCAAUAUUCCAGAAGCAACCAGUAUCUUUGAUGGUAGUUCUUUUGGAAGCUUGUUCUAAAAUAAAGUGUCUAGCUUAAAUUAAAAAAACACCAGGGGUGCCUGCAUUCAAAACUGAAUUUUGUGGUUUAAUAUUAAUAUGCCUUUGACACCUGGUUUCAUAGCUGCUUUCCUUUUGUUCUGUUAAACUCAUUAAACCAUGCUGUAGCCAUUGAGUUGAUAUGACCAUGUGAUUUUUAGAGGAAUAUAUUAGGAAAAUUUUCUAUAUCAAUAGAGGAAAGCUACUUGAAUAUACUAUAUUUCAAAGGCACUCCUAGUGCAAAAAAUGUAGUACCAGUAGUAAUUUUCAGGACCAGUUAUUGACUCAAAAUUUAGCCUCCUAACCCUGAUUGGAUGGCAGGAAAAUAGUGAAAAAAAAUUUAGUUUUGCCUUGCAAAUACCUUUGUGCUAUUUAAGAACCACCUUAAGCAGA